AUGCGUUCUUUCUCGGCACGGAUAGACCGCCACGGGCUCUCCCGUGUCCGCUCGGCGUGGCGCCAUGGCCCCGGCACUCCUCCCCCUCUCCCCUUGGCCUCCUUAUCCGAAACCACCACCGCUGCACCACAACCCCAGCCCCGCCCGCCCGCGCGGCCGGUGCGGCGCCUCGCGCCGCGACUUCGCCAUCCACACUGCCGUCGCAGCCGCCUCCGCCGCGGCCGCAAUGAGCCCUUCCACCGGCGCCGCAGAGGAGGCGCCCCCUUCGGUGGCACCGCCGCCGACGCCUCCCCCUCCCAAGAGCGCGAGCCCGGUGCUGGGCGGCAUCGCGAACACGAGGUCGUGGUCGCAGUACUACGGCAGCGGCUUCUCCAUCCGCGUGCCGCCGUCCUUCGACGACGUAUUGGAGCCUGAGGAUUUCAGCGCCGCGAUGACCUACUACGGCGACAAGGCGAAGAUCAGGGCGUAUGCUGCUCGGUUCGCAUCUCCAGAUAGGUCAGAACUUGUAAGCGUGGUAAUCAAGCCAUCCAAUCAGCUCAAGAUCACAUUCCUAGAGGCCAAAGAUAUAAGUGAGUUGGGCACUCUAAAGGAGGCAUCAAAGUUAUUUGUACCUGGUGGUGCAAAAAUACACUCAGCUCGAACAAUUAAAGUUAAGGAUCAGGAGGAUAUUAGGACAUAUUACUUCUAUGAAUUUGGUUUUGACAAACAACAUGUUGCUCUAAUGGCUACUGUGGAUAGUGGGAAGCUCCAGAGACGAGGUGGGAGAUGGAUGGCGUGAAAUUGCGUUCGGCUGCUGUAUCUAUGUCUCUUUCAUGAUUUUGCAAGAUAGAACACCAAUCAUUAUACCAGAACUGCGGUGUUGCAGCAUUGUUGGGUAGAAGUAUCCUCCUUCAAUCUAAAACUGACUCCCAUUUCAGCACUCACGCUAACCAAAACGGCAGGUAAAUGAGAUUUGAGGGAGGAAAAGUCUGUAACUCGAUAGCUUGCUCAUAGAAAUUUCCAUCACGGAAAUUGCCUAAGUAGAUCAAGUUUCACGCAACACUCUUAUAUAUACGAGGGUAAUGAGGGUUGUGGAUUUAAAA